CAAGUUUCGCGCAGGGUUGACGUCCCCUAAACGUCCGCCAUAUUCACCCCGUUUUCCCGCGUAACGUUAAGAAUUUUCGCGCGCACCACGUUCAGAAACUAGCAACGUUCCUUAUGAAGGAAGUAAUUACGAAACUCUGUUCUCAUCUAACUACACAUUUGUUUUUUGGGGACAAUAAUUUCUACAGUAUACUAGAACUGUUGAGUCGAGAAUGAGACGCGAUGAAUCUGUAAAGAGCAUAACAAGGUUUUCGUCGGCCCGCCGAAGCGAACAACGGCCGGCUUUGACGCUCAGCCUGAGACAGAAUUCGCUUACUAUCAGCACACUCGCGCAGCAGGCAGCAUACUUAGCAGAAAAGGCGAGGCAAACAGAGACCGGGGAUCCCAAUCUACAAGCGCCGCCCACUUCUUGGUUUAGACUUUUUCGUUUCGCGAAACCAUGGGAGCUGUUAAUACUCCUACUCGGUUUGAUCUUUGCGUCUCUCAAUGGCCUGAUGGUGCCGGUGGGUGUGAUCGUGUACGGAGAGUUUACAUCGCUUCUGAUAGACCGCACGGUUAUGACUGGGACGUCUACCCCGGUGCUGCUUAUAUCGUGGUUCGGAGGUGGAAAGCAAUUAACGAACGCAAGCGCAGAAGAGAACAGAUUAGCGUUGAUUGAGGAUUCGGCAGCGUUCGGCCUCGGAUGUUUCACCUUCUCCGUCAUCCAGUUCAUAGUCGGGGCGAUUAGCGUCGAUUUGUUUAAUUACGUCGCAUUAAAACAGAUAAAUAGGCUAAAGGAGAAGUUCUUGAAAGCUGUAAUAAGACAAGACAUCACAUGGUACGAUCUGAACACUUCAAUGAAUUUUGCAACAAAAGUAUCUGAUGACGUAGAGAAAUAUCGCGAGGGGAUAAGCGAGAAAGUACCGAUGCUGGUGUAUCUAGUGAUGUCAUUCGUGACGGCCGUCAUAAUAUCGUUCGCGUACGGCUGGGAACUGACGCUCGUCAUUCUGUCUUGUGCGCCUGUCAUCAUAGCCACUACCGCUGUUGUUGCUAAGAUUCAAUCUUCGCUAACAACACAAGAGCUAAAAGCGUACAGUGUAGCCGGAGUCAUCGCUGAAGAAGUCUUAUCAUCCAUUAGAACUGUGGUCGCGUUUGGCGGAGAAGAGAAGGAAAUUGAAAGAUAUUCAAAACGGUUGCACCCAGCACAGUCGAUGGGCGUUAGAAAAGGAGUCUUCUCCGGGAUAGGCAGUGGGGUGAUGUGGUUCAUCAUCUACGCAACGUAUGCACUCUCUUUUUGGUACGGGGUCGGGUUGAUCCUGGAGAGUAGGCAGGAGGAACAACCGGUGUAUACACCAGCAGUGCUGAUGAUUAUAUUUUUCAGCGUUCUACAAGGCGCCCAGAAUGUUGGGUUAACAGCUCCUCACUUAGAAGCCAUGGCCUGUGCUAGAGCCUCCGCUGGUUCUAUAUUCGCAGUACUAGAUCGAAAGCCUCGCAUCGACAGCCUCUCCACUGAGGGCACUAAACCUGAACUAAAUGGAGAUUUGGAGCUCAAGGACGUGUACUUCAAGUAUCCGGCGAGGCCAGAUGUCCAGGUGCUAAACGGUCUCUCGCUCAAGAUAAACCGCAACGAGACAGUCGCGCUAGUGGGUUCGAGCGGCAGCGGCAAGUCGACCGUGCUGCAGCUGCUGCAGCGUAUGUACGACCCGGACGCGGGAUCCGUCACCGCGUCCGGCCACGACCUGCGUAAUGUGAACGUGCGCCACUACCGCGGGCACAUCGCCGUCGUGGGGCAGGAGCCCGUGCUGUUCGCGGGCACCAUCAAAGAAAACAUUCGGAUGAGUAAUCCAUCUUGUACUGAUGAAGAAAUAAUAGUAGCAGCAAAGCAAGCUUACUGUCAUAGCUUUAUCAAGAAUUUGCCCAAUGUAAGUAACUUAACAUAA